GGUUCACUGGCGAAAAGGAUGAAGCAUUUAUUGUUUUCAAAGCGAGAGGAAAUGCGGCUGUGAAUAUGGGCGACUGGAAUUUGCUAGGAAGCAUUUUAGAAGAGGUACACGUUCACUCGACCAUCCUUGGGAAGAUCUGGCUGACGAUCCUUUUCAUUUUCAGGAUGUUGGUCCUUGGAGUGGCUGCUGAAGAUGUUUGGGAUGACGAACAAGCUGAAUUCAUCUGCAACACAGAGCAACCAGGCUGCAGGAACGUCUGCUACGACAAGGCCUUCCCCGUUUCUCUCAUUAGGUACUGGGUCUUACAGAUCAUCUUCGUCUCCUCGCCGUCCUUGGUUUAUAUGGGACACGCACUCUACCGCCUGAGAGCACUGGAGAAAGAAAGACAGCGGAAGAAAGCCCACCUUCGAGCCGAACUGGAAGAAAUGGAGCCGGAGAUGGAACAGCACAGGAGGCUGGAAAAAGAAUUGAGGAAGCUGGAAGAGCAGCGCAAAGUAAAUAAGGCACCUCUCCAAGGUUCACUGUUACGAACUUAUGUCUUCCAGAUCCUGACCAGAUUGGUGAUGGAGAUUGGUUUUAUGAUGGGCCAGUAUCUCCUGUACGGAUUUCGACUUGAUCCUCUCUACAAGUGUCUCCGAUCGCCCUGUCCCAAUAUCGUGGAUUGCUUCGUUUCCAGGCCAACAGAAAAGACUAUUUUCAUCGUCUUCAUGCUCAGUAUAGCUGCCUUUUCCUUGCUUUUGAAUAUACUUGAAAUCGUUCACCUAGGAAUCAGAAAAGUCAAACAGGCGCUUUACCUGGAGUCAGACCUAAGCAUGCACGAAUCGAAGAAGAACUCAGUUGUGCAGCAAGUUUGCAUUUUAGCAAAGUCCUCGUCUCAUAAACCUGACCCAAGCGCCCUCGGUGGUUAUAAGUUUUUACCAGAACAGCAGGGACAUCCUGGAAACAUCCCUAUUUUCUUGACUCCGAUGUCUCUUAGCAUGAUUAAAGGACCAAUUGAGCGGGCUGGAAGAGAAAAUUCAAUGGAUCAAUAUCAACAAGACCAAGAGCAACGCACUAGACAGCAUGAUGAUGAGCAUUUUGAUGAGCAAUCGAGUCAAAUGAGGCACACUCAUCACACAUUACAAACUCAGAAUCUCUCAUCCAGUGGUGAUUGUGCCUACAAAACAUCUCAACAAUAUGGCAUUGCUUCAAAAACCAACCAUAAUAUUGAUAAUGCAUCGGAACAAACUAAGCCACCAACGUACCCAUCAUGUCAAAUGGAAAACUCAGUCCCCUUUCUUAAUAAAAUUCGCAAACAGAGCCAAGUCAGUUAUUACAAAGACUAUUUGGAAGAUCAUACUAAUAUUCAAGAUUCCACUGUCAGAAAGGUCAGCUGCACUGGGUCUAAAUCAAAAAUGGUAUUGGAAAGCACAUUGGCCAGCCAACCCGAAAGUCCAGAUUCCACAAAUGUCUCUAGUUCUGAGUCAAAACAUAAAGAAGAGAGUCCACCUGUUAGUCCUCCUCCACCAAGUCGCAAAAUGUCAAUGAGCAUGCUUCUGGAAAUUUCUUCCAUCAUGAAAAAAUGAGGACAUGAUUCAACCCAUAAAAAUGUUGAAAUUUAUGACUGCAUUAAACACCUUCAGAAGAUGAAGCUCCACAGUGAAGCAACAGAAAAGGCAAUUUCCUAAAUCCCAAAUAUCAAGAUAUAAAAGCUUUUAUGAAAAUUUAUUCAUUCAAUAUUGCUUAGCUUUUAAUCUGUGAAAUAUUUAAUAAGAUCCACACCACUUGCUUGCCUUUAACUUACUGCACAUUCAAACAAUCUGUAAGGCUAUGUAAUGAUGCAAGUUGCAAAUUGCUUGAUGUACUUCAUCUGAAGAAACCUCGAAAUAAAAGUGGCAAAUCUAAUCAGACCUUUUUUGUGUGUGUAAUCAGCCAACAUUUCAAUAAUUACAAGUGAAAUUUCCUGUUCAUGACAUUUGUAUUAUUCAAAACAUAAACUCAGAAUAAACAAAUCUCAUUGUAACAAAAAAAAAUCUGAAUCAAUUUGAAAGAAACUACUAACACUUACAGCAAAUUUCCAAUUCAAAUAUUAUUCAGGGGAACAUUUUCACGAUUGUCCCUGUUUUGAGACAGAUCAGUGAGAUUUCAAGUUGAAACACACUUCCAGGAAACCGCUGACUAUGAAGAAAUGAAAUCCAUCUAUACUGCAGCGAUUAAAGAUCCACAGCAACACUUCAAAAGAAACUGCACUUUACUAAAGGAGGCACAACUAAAUACGUUGUGCAGUAGCAGACCACAUAACUUCCAGCAGAGCUCCACGAUGCAAGAAGGCAAUCAGUCAAGAAACACAGAGGAAAUAUGUAUUGUGAUCCAUGUGGUGAAAUGAGU